AGUUAAACAUUAAGGCAGAAAACGGAAGUUGAAGAAACUAUGAAUGUCAAACUGUAGCAUGGUGAGCAGCACUGUGAGGUAACCUACAGUAAAAAUGUCGGGGUAUAGUUUAUUUAGGAUAGCAUUGUCAACACAAUGCAACGCUGCAGCAUUACUCUGCAGGACGAACAUGUUAAACAGACUGCAGAUAUGCGGAUAUGCGAAAAAAGUGGCGGCUAAAGGUAAAGGUAAAGGCAUGGUGAAAGAGGAGCUGAAAGGUCCAGAGGUGUGUAAAGACCCUGUCAGACUUACAUCUUAUGCAGUGGGGGUCAACAUCUUCAAGCAAGGAGAAGACCCCAAACUAAAGCCCCCUGAGGAGUAUCCAGAGUGGUUGUUCCAGUUGAACCUGGGAAAACCCAAAGACCUGCACGACAUGGAGUCGGACACCUGGGAGUACUGGAAGCGUCUGAGGAAGGGAAACAUUUGGCGUUACAACAAACUACACAAAGGGAAGAAGUUUUAGGCCUUCACUGGACUUCCUGUACACUGGUUUGCUUCAGACUCAUGUGGACUGAAUUACCUGACAUUGGUUUAUGUUCAGAGCCCGUGUCAACUUCCUGAUCGAAACACUGUCAGAGAGAGUCACCUCUUUCCUACUUACCACAUAGAAGGGCGGUUAUUUGAAAUUAUGCAGCAUAUACAGUGGUAUCCCUGUGUUGGCCCUCUGGUGACAAGUUGAAACCUUAAAGGAAGAUUGUUUCUGAAUUAGACUGUAGUAAGGCCUAAAUAUGAGACCACCAGAAUCCUCAGAAAGGUUGAUUAAAACUGAAAACAGUAGUUGAGAAAAUAGUCUUUCCACAUUGUCCAUUUAAUAGCUCAUGUAUCACACAAUCUUUCUCAGGAGAUGGACCUUUCCUGCUCGUCAUGGAAUUUGAUAUCUUCAAAUUUCAAAGAUCAUGUGAAACAGUUGAAAGCACGAGAACAGCGACUAAAUGCACCAUGUGGAGAGAUUGUUUUGCCAACUUCAGAGAGUUAGUUGUACUGGAUUUGUUGCAGGGCUUCUGCAUUGGAUUGAAUUAAUUUGUACAUGUAUUCAUGGUUUUAUUUGUGUUUGUCCAUAUCUGAAGACAAAUUGCUUGUCGUUGAUAUUUCCACAAAUCAUCUUCACUGUUUGUUUUUUGUUGUUUUUGCAAACUUAUUAUGAAUAAAUGUUAAUAAAUAUCCUUCAAA